UUACGAUUAUCGAAUAUGAAAUUCAAAUCGAUGAUCAUAUUCUACUUCAUUUUCGUCAUUGCUAUCAUUCCAAUUGUCACUGAAAAGCUCAGUUUGAAGGAGAAUAAGGAGCGUCUGAACACUUGUGGGAAGGAUAAAGAUAUUUAUAAUGGUAUAAAAAAUAAUCGUUGGCACAUCUUGGCUGCUUUUGAAAAUGGAAAUAAUAUCGAAUAUAUAUCGAGUGCAAGUCUGAUAUCUAAUCGACAUUUCAUUACUUCAGCUUUUUCAAUUUUGAACAGUCAAAUGGAAUGGUUGAUGAAUAAAGAGAAGCUUGAUUAUACAGCUUGCAGCAAAGGCGCCUUAAGUUUACGUAUUCCAAUGCAGUUUCUACGAAAUUUGACUAUAAGAGAAGUCUCUUGCCAAAUCUGGGGAUCUUGCCACUCAAUCCGACCAGUUAGAGCCUACCUUUUGAACAUAUGCACAAAAGAAAUCGAAAACAAUUUUCAUAGAAUUUAUUGUCCGAUGCUUGUGGAGGUCGAGAAUCCAAUUGAUUCGUCGAUACCAUGUCUAGUUGAUAAUUCCAUAAGUAUCCAGAAGGACGACGCAGUUGAUGUUUGUCCGCUGAAUCCUAAGUCCCGCAAAAGGUUCACUUCGCCUCUAAAUCUAGAGAUUGUGAACAUUGCCAGUCUUCAAACAUCAGGGUAUUCUUCGGAGAAGAAAACUGGAAAUCCUCUCACAAAAUGGAAAAACGAAAAAUUGAUAAUAAUUGGAAAUUGGGCAACAGGGGAUACUACAGACUCCUCUCGUUCUAAUAUCUUUUUCAACAUGAAAUGGCUCGUAAAUGAGAUCUGUGACUUGAUUGGAGUUUGUGCGAAGAACACUGUUACCAAGCCACCACGACGUACUACAACUACAAGAACUACUACAAAACGUCUCACAACCACUAAAGCCACCUUGAAGACUACCACUAAAACCCUGCCGGUGAUCCCUCCUCGACCCAAUGUUACCAAGCCAAUUACUAGAUCUACUACAAAACGUACUACUACUAGAUCUACUACAAAACGUCUCACAACCACUAAAGCCACGACAGUGCUCACCACGACUCCAGUUAAGGUUACACCGGCAACAACCACGCUUCCCACGACUUCUUUGGCUCUGGAAACAACCACCACUGCAACACGUACUACAGCAAAGAUCACAGCAGUAGCUACAGUUGCUCGAACCAAUACUACACAACCACCGACUACGACGCCUCUGAGCUCUACAACUGCACUUCCCACAACACUCACCUCAAGUAGUAGCACUGAAUCCACGGAUGGGUCAUCCACUCAGACUUCAACACAUCCUAGUCAGCUCAGUGUUAAAGCCACUCAACUUGUUUCCACUGCUGAGCCAUCAACGGAUACCUUCCAGUCUACUAAACCAAUUGCAUCUACUUCAUUGCCUACGGAUAUUCCAAGUAGUCUGGUGUCUGAGAACUCUACAACCUCUGCAGCGACAACUCUCAGUGAGAAUUCUACGGUGAUGUUCAUUGACCAGCCGAGUAGCAUAUCUUCUGAGAAUAUCCAACCUCCAGAAGUUUCACCAGUGAUCCCUCAACGUACCGUAUAUCUGUCUUCAACACCUAUGCCAGAUGAAGUAGAUUAUGAAGAGUUUAUGGAAUUCAAAAUGGAAGACAUUGAGAAGGAUCACCUGGAUGAAUCGAGUAGCGUUAAGAGAACUACAACUUUGUUGAUUUUAUUUGUUUCUUGUUUAGCAUUAUAAAGAGAUUUUGUU